UCUGGUCACAUGACCGGAACAAAACAAACGUGUACUUCCUGUUACUGCGCGUUGCGUUUUUCUCCGCUGUGCUGUAAAAACAGAGAAAAACCACAAACAUGCCGAAAGCCAAAAAUUCGGGGAAGAGAAAAAAGUUCGACUACAAUCAAGACCGAAAGAAACUGAAGAAGAAUUUUAUCAAGAAAUACAAACCACGGAUAGAAAAUCCUCAAAUCCGAAAUGCGUGGGAUGACAAGAAGUCCAUGGCCAGGAACCUGCAGGAGAUGGGUCUGGCUUUUGAUCCGAACCGCUCUCUGCCAAUUAAGAAACCAAGUCUCCUCGGCAAAGACAAAGAGGCUAAGGCUACCACCAGCAUUGUGAUGAAGCCCUACGUCCUCAACCAGCUGGAGGAGGAGGCCAGUCGUCCAGAGAAAGACAGCAAGACGUUAUCCUCGGACCUGAUCGAGUAUGUUCAGUACAUGAUCCGAGAACACAACGACAACUACAAGGCGAUGGCCAGAGAUGAGAAGAACUACUACCAGGACACACCCAAACAGAUCAAGAGGAAGAUCAACGAGUACAAGCGCUGCCACCCGGAGCACUACAACGCCUUCAUUGACUCGCUGGCUGCCCCACAGCCCAAGGUCCAGUAGAGGAUUUGUCAAAACCUGGACUUAAUGCUCUGUAUCAGGAAGAGAAGGACCUUGUCUUUGAGAUACUCUGACAGGACAUUCAGACUGUGAGGACACCAGACCCAUCAAGAAUGAAAGACUGUGACGGGAAGUUAAGAUGUCCAGGAGAGACGAGCUCUAUUUCUGUUUCUGGAUCUUUCUUGCGCUACUGUCCUCCCUGUCAAGACUUCCUGUUUUAUUUUUUCUGUUCUGCGUCCUGCUCGUCAGGUGACUGAGGUGUAUUCUUAAAUAUAUGCAUCAUUUUAACACCCUGAAGCUCAUUUCUGAGGUGUAUUUUCCUUCCCCCCCAUGAUGAAAGUAUCCUGACACGCACAGUUCGCUGAUGUUUCCCAUCUUUUCCCUGUUGUCACGUGGAAUGUGUUUCAGUCAAAGCAUCACAUGCUGGUGAUGAUGUUUCUCACUGCAGCAUCGUGCUGUGAACUCUGCCUGAGGUUCGUGCAUUUUUGUGUUGAACAUAUGUUACCAGCUACAGUUAAAAAAUAAAUGAAUGGAAAAUUCCAUUUGAAGUUAACCAACCCAGUUUGUGUCAAUGAAUUCAUGACAGUCGGGUUAGAAUAACAAGGUUAAGGUCACACACUGAAGCGACAAACCUCAUUAAAAUGCUUGUUGUACUUCCA